AAAAUUUCUUUUCUUUCUUUCUCUUUCCCCUAUUUUCUCUCACAUAACUUCCAAUAUUAGGGUUUCGUUCUCUAUAUUUCUCGCUCUCAAACUCGAACUCACUGAGUCUAAUCUCCUGGUAAGAUCUUCAAUCUAAUCUUCUUCUUCAUCUGGAAUUGUUUUUGGUUUCGAUUCUUUCCCUUAACAAUGGUUCGAUUUUGAUUUCGAAUAAGUGCUUUAACUUCCAAACCUAUAUAUAUAUAUUUAUAUAUAUAGAUAUCAUAGUGGUAGAGGUUAGAAAAUAUUUGAGCGAAAAGGGAGGAUACUUAGCUGGGGAAAAAAGAAAGAAUAUAAAUUUGACGAAAACAAGGAUGGAUGAAGAUGGAGGGGAACAGAUGGAUCAGUUCCAUCGCAACGAAGCGAUCUCAGCUGUGGCUGAUGAGGGUUUCUUGGGAGAGGAGGAGGAGGACGACGAUUACGAGGACCUUUACAACGAUGUAAAUGUCGGCGAGGGUUUCUUACAGUCUAUGAGAAAGAAUGAGGAUUUGGGUUUUGGGAAUGAGGUUGUGGAGGAGAAGAAGAUUGAGCAACAACAGCCUUUAGUGGCUCAAGAGCCUGCUGUUUCGAUUCCGGGUGUUGGUGGGGGUAGCGGAGAGGGCACUGGCGGUGGUGUUGGUGGAGGAGAUGUUGGAGCUAGGGUUGUUGGGAGAGUUGGAGGAGAGGGUUACAAUCAGAAUCUUGGAUUUAGAGGGGGUGAGAUGGAUUUGAAGGGAAAUGUUGGAUCGGGAUCGUCGGUGGGUGGGGGAAGUGGGAUUAGGGUUGAAUUAGGUCAAGGACCGAGUAAGAUGAAUGAGUUUGAGGAGCAAAGUGGGAAUACUAGUGUUGGGGUUCAUGUUAUUGGUCAACAACAGCAACAACAGCCGCCUCAGCAGCAGCAACCACCACCACAACAAGCUCCACCACCUCAUGUUGGUGUUGUUGGAAAUGUUGGGAACAUGGGGGGUGAUGGUAUGAUGAGGCAACCUGGUAUAGGUGUUAAUGUUAAUGGGGUUGGAGGAAAUAAUGUUGUUGUCGGAGUUGGAGCUGGAGGCGGAGGUGGCGGGACUAUAUUAUUUGUGGGCGAUUUGCAUUGGUGGACCACUGAUUCAGAAUUGGAGUCUGAGCUAUGUAAGUAUGGACAAGUGAAGGAGGUUAAAUUUUUCGAUGAGAAGGCAAGUGGGAAGUCUAAAGGUUAUUGUCAGGUUGAGUUUUACGAUCCAGCUGCUGCUACAGCCUGCAAAGAGGGGAUGAAUGGGCAUUUGUUCAAUGGUCGGCCUUGUCUUGUUGCAUUUGCAUCCCCAUUCAGUGUCAAGAGAAUGGGAGAGGCUCAAGUAAACAGGAAUCAACAGAUGACCCAGACUAACGUUUCUCAGGCUAGAAGGGGGCCUAAUGAUGCUGGUGGUAAAACUGGUGGGAAUAACAUUGCUACUGGCGGGAAUUAUCAAGGUGGAGAUAAUAAUAAUAAUAAUAAUAACAGAGGUUACGGUAGAGGUAAUUGGGGAAGAGGUAAUGCUCAGAAUAUGGGAAAUAGAGGUCCAGUUGGUCCAAUGAGAAACAGGGGUGGAGGAAUGAGUGGUAGAGGCAUAAUGGGAAAUGGUGGAAAUGGUUUUGGGCAGGGUCUUGGUGCCACCCCGCCCUUAUUGCACCCUCAGUCAAUGAUGGGCCAGGGUUUUGAUCCAGCUUUCGGCGCUCCAAUGGGGAGAAUGGGCAGUUAUGGAGGUUUUCCCGGUGCCCCAACGCCUCCAUUUUCUGGGAUUUUGUCUUCUUUCCCUCCCGUUGGAAGUGUUGGUUUGCCUGGAGUUGCCCCACACGUUAAUCCUGCAUUUUUUGGAAGGGGAAUGCCCAUGAAUGGAAUGGGAAUGAUGCCAACCGCAGGUGUCGAUGGGCCUAAUAUGGGAAUGUGGGCAGAUCCUAGCAUGGGUGGAUGGGGUGGUGGUGAAGAGCAUGGUGGGGGAAGAGCUGGGGAGUCUAGUUAUGGUGAAGAGGCUGCAUCUGACCAUCAAUAUGGGGAGGUUAGUCAUGAUAGAGGAGGCUGGCCCAAUGCCAUGAAGGAGAAAGAUAGAGGUUCCGAGAGGGACUGGUCUGGGUCUUCUGAUAGAAGGUAUCGGGAGGAUAGGGAUCAGGCUUAUGAUAGGGAUGCACCUAGAGAAAAAGAUACCAGUCAUGAUGACUGGUCUGAAAGAAGGCAUCGUGAUGAUAGAGACGCUGGUCGAGACCGGGAAAGGGAGCGUGAUCGGGAUAGAGAACGUUCUCGUGACCGUGAACGUGAAAGGGACCGUGAUAGGCAUAGGGAAGAUAGGGACCGAUAUGCUGACCAUCAUAGGUACAGAGACCGUGACACUGAACAUGAUGAUGAGUGGGAAAGGGGACGGUCAUCAAGGACUCACAACAAGGGACGGGUCUCUCAAGAGGAUGAUCAUCGAUCAAGAUCAAGGGAUGCUGAUUAUGGGAAGAGGCGGAGGCUCACUUCCGAAUAACUGCUUUGAUGCUUCUUAUUUCUAGAUAAUUCUUAUUUGCAAAGUAGAAAGUGAAAGUGAAGAAACUUUUGGGGGUUUGUAAUGCUAUUUGGACUCUUUUUCAACUGAUGUCUUAUGGCCCGUUCAUUCAUUGGUUGAUCACUGCAGUACGUCAGUCUCUGGAUUGCUUAUCGUACAUGGAAGCACAAUUCGGUUCUUGCAUGAGAAAAGCUUGAUGGCCUUCCUUGUAUGAGAACCAAAGGCAUUCACAGGGAAGUGUGAGCUUCCAUUACGACGAAGAGGGACCUCUUAGCUUCAGUAUGGGACAGGAGACCGAACAGUGUUGCGCCAUACCCUAAUAGAUUUAGAAGCGGACUCUUGCUUUUAAGUUUUUAUAGAUUUCUUUGCCUUUAUGUUUUAGCUAAUUAGCACUUGAUAAAAACAAAAUAUCAAUGUUAUGAUGAUGAUGAUGUUAUGGCUUGAAUUGCCGAAGUCUGGAAUGUGGUUAGAUUAUUUUGGAACUUGAUGCUUGAAAUGGUCAUGAUGAUGAUGAUGUAAUAGGAUUUAUCUGAGGAUGUUGCUUGCACCGCCCCUUUUUUGAUUGGCUAGUUGUUGUAUCAUUUGUAUUGUUGUAUCGUUA